AUUCCAUCCGCAUGAUCAGUUAUCCACCUCUUUAUCGACCCGGCAUAUUUGAGAGGUCAUUCGCCGAACAUAGUGGUUAUCGAUUUUCGCUUAAACAGAGAUUUUGGCAAAAUAUGCAAUUUUUCGAGAAUGAUGGGCCAUGCUUUCUGGUACUUGGUGGAAUGGCUGAGGCAUCGCCAAAAUGGAUUCUGAACAACGAACUACCGGUUAUGAAGUUGGCCAGGAAGUACCAUGCCGCAGUAUUUCUGCUUGAACAUCGCUUCUAUGGCAAAAGCCUUCCAGAACACGGUUUUACAAUGAAGAAUCUUCGCUUUCUGAAUAUCGAAAAUGCGUUGCAUGACAUAAAGGAAUUUAUCAAUCGAAUAAAUGAGGAAAUGCGUCACGAGUCUGGCAGUCCUCAAAACUGGGUUUUAUUUGGUGGAUCAUAUGCAGGUAUCGUUUAG